GCUGGUGCUAACAACGGAGGUCGGAGGGAGGACGCAGAGGGCCGGGCUGCCGCGGACCUCAGAGGAGUUGGUGCUUACAUGGAGCAACAAGAUACCAAAGCAUGAUUGCGGGCAAAGAGGUUUUUCCAUGAUCUCCGUUUGAAAAGGAUAAUAAUAUACGAUUUACUUAAACGCGAAGGUGAAUGUCAGUAAUAAGUUGUUAACGUCAUCGUCAUCACCUGUUAAUACGAUGUGCACCGCCAUGGACUCUCCGCCGUGCAGCAACGAGACUCAGGAGGACAUUUUGUCCAAGAUAGACUCCAGAAAGAGCAACAAGCCGCUGAUGGAGAAGAAGCGCCGUCAGAGGAUCAACCGCUGCCUCAACGACCUCAAGUCCCUGGUGCUUGAGGGCAUGAAGAAGGACCCAUCCCGCUACAGUAAGCUGGAGAAGGCGGACAUCCUGGAAAUGACGGUGAGGCACGUGCAGGCCCUCCACCGCCACGAGGGCGUAGGCUGCAGGCUGGGCGGAGGGGCUCGGCUAAUGAGCGGCGGGAGGAGUCUCGGUAGCGACGGAAGGACCAAGUACCGCGCUGGCUUCAUCCACUGUGCCGUGGAGGUGACGCGAUACCUGGCAGGCCUGAGUGGAGUGCCUCAUGACCUGCACCACAGACUCAUUUCUCACCUCAACACCGUCACGUCCUCCCUCACCUGCGUCCCCGGGGUGGGUCAGCUCCCCGGGGCCAGCGUGGUGGUGGGUGGAGGCGUCGUGACCGUGGCUCCCCCGGCUGCAUCGCGUCCAGACGUCUCAGCCGUCACCUCCACCACGGACGCCAGUCGUAAUGUCACUCAAACCCUCGGAGCGCCAAGUGCCCCCUUGUGUAGAAGUCCACCUCCUCCCCUUUUCUCGGGAUCCGCUGCUGUGCCGGCCGUCACCACCAGUCUGGCGAGUGGCACAAGUGUGGCUUUCGUACCCGCCAGACUCGUGCCGCAGCAAACAACGCAAGUUUUGGCCUCGUCCUCAGAGCUCCCGCAGUUCCCUCAGCCCCCCACGGCCACUCAGUCGACUCUUCCAGCCACCACUAAACCUCAUACCGCUCCCGAUUUAGUAAUUACUAAUUCGGGAAGUGUAUUAGUGCCUAUGAACUACCAACUUCCUAAAAACGUCAUCGUGACCUUGCCUAGGACUGAUACGAGCUCUCAUGAAGCAGCCUCCAUCGUUAACUCCAGUAGCAUCUUUGCCCCCCAAACCUUUCCGCUGGCAAGUAGCACCUUGACGCCGCUGAGGGACACUGUGACGUCACCCACAUCUACCACACACCAUGUCCAGAAAGACGUCAGCGACGCCUGUACACAGGCAGUAACCUCUGUGAAACAAAAUCACGUCACAGCUUCCACCGUCUCAGUCGGUGACCGUCAGCUGUGUGAACCUGCCACUCUGUGUUCUGAGUCCCCAGACAGAGUUUCGUCUUCAAGGGCAGUCCCCCUUGGCUUCCAAGUGUCCGUCAGACUCUCAAGCGCCACGUCUCCGCCAGUGCUCUCUGCGCCCCUUUGGUCUUCCCCCACCAUAGUACGACCCACUCCAACCUUGCCAGCGGUAUCUCAGCAGCCCUCACCUUCUGUGCCACCUCUCAUGUCCCCUCCUACAGCCCCUUCCUCCUCUUUUGCUCCUUCCUCUUCCUCUUGUCCCUCUUCGCCCCCCUCUGGAAGCGGUGCCCUGGCCAACCAAGCUUUACCUCAGCACGCCCCAGCCCUCGUCGCACCACCAAGUAAGGAGCCCCUAGACCUCGCCACAGACCGCCCUAAAAAAUCUGUCCCUCAAGCCCACCUGAAGGUCCUCUCCGCGCUCCCAUGGUCCCGCCCUGCCCCUUAUCCUCUCCCCCAACGUCUUCCUCCCGGCCCCUCAAACCCGUGGCGCCCAUGGUGACUUCACGACCGGAAGGGUGACCUAGAAAUUUCGUAUGAAGCUUGGUCAUGCAUCAGGCUGGUAAAUAAAGGUAAAUUUGAGAGCAUACGCUGAGCUGCGAGUAACGUCGCCCCUCGCAGUUAUUAUGUAUUUGGCCUAUGAGCCUGUGGUGGGGGUGGACACAUUACCCCGGGAUAAAGGUCAAGUUAAGACAUCCUGGGUACCAUAAUUUACCUUACCCGGGUUUCCUCGAACAGUUGUGGGGUCUACGCGCUGACUGACCGGCCGGAAUCGAACCCGCGUCCGCUGAUACGUAGCUAGGCGUUCUAACCGCUACACAAUGUAGUCCUUUAGUACACACAGUAUCCGCGGGAAAUAUUGUGAAAAGAAAGCAUGUGGACUAUAAAGGGAAAAAAAUAUCUCCAUUGUUAUCAAUAAAGUUGAUUGUUCUUCA